CCCUUGUGCCUUCUGGACGUGUUGCUGUGGGGUUGUUCCUUGGGCUCUGCUUUGGGAGCUGUUGGUGUGCGGUAGGGGAGCUGGGCCUGAAACAGCCCUGCUCUGUUCUCUUGGGGCUGUUAGAAAGGCGUGCUGCUGCCCCGCUUCCCACAACACACAUCCUGCGUCUUCAGAAGAAGUGGGGAGAGGGAUGGUCUGUAUAUGUAGGGGCUUUUGAAGCAACUGGAAUUUGGCAUCCAAAUAAACAGGUGUUCUGGCACGGGAGAAGAGGAAUACUUAUCUCAGAGCUCCUGUUUCUGAUGGCAGUGAGGAUCUCCAGGGAGUUUCUAUCAAAGAGCUGGGUUAGUAGUUCUUUAAUCUGUUUGUUUUGCCAAGGGAUUGGUGUGUCUGUGGCAGGGCAGGCUGGUCCAGGAGGUAAAUGCCUCUGGAAUGCAGCCCACACAUCUCCUUAGAUAGUGUUAAACUCUGGAAGUAAAGAACACAGCUGCUCUCAAACCUGUUGGCUUUGCCAUGGAGAUGCUUGGUGCUUGACCAGUCCUGGUGCUGUGUGCUGCACCCCAGGGCCAUGCCUGCUGUUCAGGUGGGAUGCUGGGGGUGACCCUUGGGCCUUUGGGCACCCAGCUUGGAAAUGUUUUGGAGAGCAGGGAUUUUCUGGUGCCCGACAUUUGGGUGUGUGGGAGGAAAUGCUGCCCAAAGAGCAUGUUUGCCUAUUCUUGUUGCGUUUCAUGCGGAGGUCUUUGCAGAGCCCAGUGUCCUAGCUUAAGGCCCCAGCCCUGGAGCUUUGGUUGCUUGAUGUGGAACAGGCUGUCAUGGAUGGUAUGGGAAAAGCUUCCAAAGUCAGUCCUUUCUCACAUGAGCCCCACCAGGUGUGUGUGCAGGAGGUGGGCUAAGUAUGCUGCAAGACUCAGACAGCAAACCCUGUGCUCGAAAGCCCUGGUCACUCUUCACUUGGUGUCUUGGCUCCCAAGCUCAGGCAAACCCUGUGGUGGUGUGAUUGCGGGUCCUCGCUGCUGCCCAUGUGUGCCUGUCUGUUACCCUGACUGGUCUGUGGGUCAGGUUUCUUUGAGGGCCAGGCACCAAAAGCACAGAGCCUAAGGGCAGAUGGGGUCAUGGCAGUCUCUGCCUUGGUGGCUGGGGCAGGGACCAGAGGCAGGCUGCAGGGAGGUUACCCAGGUGGGAGCAAAACCACAGGGUUGUGCACGGCCCUCUGCCUAGAGCUGCUGAUGGGCCUCAUAAUGCUCACCUCCUUGUACUGGUUUGUUUGUCUGCGUGUCCCCAGGGCACUUUUACAUGCUCUGGGGUGCCUCAAAGGCAGGAGGCACCCAGGCAGCUGUACACAGGGUCAUUGCUGCAGCAGGGCAUGCUUGGCUUGUUUUGUUCUUAAAUAAAAGCAGCUCCUGAGCAGAUGGAAACAUCAGUGUUAGAGAGCUGUGUGUCUUUGUGUUGUAAUGCUGUCUGCCCAGCAGCUAGCAGACGCAUUAGGAAGCUCUGGCUACUAGAGCACUUUGCCAGGCACAGCGUCAGGAGGACUGGAUGCCCCUUGGUGCUGUAUGCUGCAGGGGCUGUCUGUGGGACUCAUUGCAACUCCUGGAUACAGCAAAAUCCAGAUGUGAGCUGUGUGAGCACAACAGGAUAGCUGGCCAGGAAACGAUGCUGCUCAGUUCUAAAGCUCUAUGUAGGAAAGAAAGAACCAGAAGUAGCAAACAUUGGAUUUACUUGGGGAGUAAUGUGAAUUUGCUUUUUAUUGUAAGCCACCCACAGUACUUUUCACCCAGUGUGACCUCCACUGCAUCUCCCACACUCUGCACAUAGAGCUCAUGGAUGGAUGUCUGCCCCUCAAUGCUGUGCUCAUCUCAUCCAUCCCUGUGCACCUCAGUGCUGUGCUGGCUGUCCCAUUGUCCUCUCCUCCCUGGUGUGUGUGUGUGUGUGUGUGUGUGCUGCUCUCUCCAUGCAUUCUGGCACCAAGGGGAAGGUAAAAAUGGGGUUUAAAACUUAAAGGAUUCCAGAUGCAGUCGUGCUUUGGAUGCUGCUGGUGGUGGAGAAGUGCGUAACCCACACAGGUGUUUAUAUUAUGGCACAGACACGUGCUAUGUUUGGAUAAACACAUCCCAGAUAAAGUUGCUCGCUUUUGUAGGUUUUGUUUCCUCUCCCUUUUAAACUGCAAUUUGAAAUCCACACCCUGGGGAGCAUGCAGCUGUAUGCCUGUUAGCUUCAUUCCCUGCUGCCGUGUCAGCUUGGUGGCUGGGGCUUCACAUGUGUCAAUGUGAGCAAUUAGGUGUGAGCAGUCCCCCUCUUCCUGCUGGAGGAGGUUGGAAGAGGCCCCUGGGAGCUGUUUGCUGAAGGAAAUGGGGAUUGCCAAGAUCCUCUCCUUCCUAUGGAGUCUCUGUGAUCUUUCCACCUUUUGGCAGCUGGAGUAAUCCUGGCACUGCCAUGCAGCCCCUUCCCUGGCUGGGUGGCCAAGGCUGGUCCCUCUGGUGAUUCUGUGUCGGCGUUGAGUGGCAGUGCCUGCAGCCCUGUUUACCAGGAAGCCUCCAAAUAAAGGGCACUGCCUAUGGCUCUGUGUAUUUCUGCUGAUGGAGGAGAUCGCAGUGCACACGGGUGGGGAAUGGUCUGUUCAUAGGGCUGCUCAUCUCAAUUCUGAUGCUUCAGGCCAUCCGGCUCUUUGUUCUUGGUUUUGGUGGCUGCUCGCAGCAGUUUGAUUUAAGGAAGAAGUGUUGAUCUGAAGACUGAAUAAAAAAAAAAACCCAAGCAGAGGAUUACCUAAUUUCAAGCCAGUGUCUGUAGCAUUUCACACUUUCCCCUGUCCGUCAUGCCUCUUUUUAUACGCAUGAAUUUGCUGAGACAGACCUUGCUGCUGAAGCCUGAGGGAUCUGACUACCUACUGCAGGCUAUUCUGGGGAUCUGCUGGAGGUGUGUGCCUCCUCUCUGCUUCUCAGCCGUGGUGCUGCUUCCCUUCUGCUCAGGGAGGAACCGAGGAUUCUGACUUCGGUCCUCCUCCCAAGCUGCUGGAUUGGGAUCACCACUGACCUGCCUGGUGAGUGAUAAAUCUGUAUGGGUUUUUUGUUUGGUUUUGUCUUUUUUUUUUUUAACUCCUGUAGAACAACAAAGACAUAGAACCUACGGCCUGAGCAGUGGUAAAUGGCUCAGUCCCAGGGGAGGUGAGCGUACAGAUGGGGCUCAGCUUCUCAACUGCGCUUCCCACCGAGGUGGGCCUGGAGCGGUGAGCUGAGGUUGUAGGAACAUAAAUUGAAUGAGCAGUCCGGUUAAAUAAGUAAUGAAGUUAGCAGGGUGCCUAAUUAAAUUAAAUUCAAAAUUAUGUAUGGAUGAUGCCUUUCUAAUAAUUGCUGUAGGUUUGUCAUUGAGGUACUCCACACUGCCCUCUUGGAGGAAGUUCCCCCCUUCACAGAUAAACACACAUCAGUACCCCAGGGGGAUGUAUCUCAUGCUUCAGUUUGGUUUGGCUCCUUCCUCAUUCCCUUGUGAAUAUAGCGGUGUUGUUCUGCUUUACUGAGAUGUGUGGAGGGGUUUGUGUGGUUUCAGUCUCUGCUGCUUAAAGGUGCUUUUCCCUUCCUGUAAAGGGUUUCUGCUUUGUUCCUGCUCUCCCAGACCAACCCUGGGGCUGUCAGGAUUCAGACAGCUUCUUUAGAGAUAGGCUGGUGCUUCCCUGGGUCUCUGUGCCAUGCUGUUGUCCCGCGAGUGGUCCCUGUCCUUCCAGCCCCUCUUCCCAAGACACACUCCUCAGUUCCUAACGCAGCUGGGAGAGUGCAUGGCAGCCAUGCUGAUGGCUGGGAUCAGGCGUGGGGACAUGACUUGGCAGGGUGACUUAACCCGUCACUUUACUUGAAAAUAAUCUCUCAAUUUUCAUGUUCCCAAGCUUCUUUCAAGCAGCAGCGCUGAGAGGGUGCAUGUCAGUCUGUCUCAGUGCAAGCAUUAAGCUGAGGCGGAAGGACUAUUUUGAAGUGAAAGAAAGCCACUGAAAUUAAAGACACUUGAGAAGACACAGCCAUCGCAGCUGCCAAAGGAAAUUCUCCCCUUGCCAAACAGCACAUUAACAGCAGGCUCUCCUGCUAUCCUGGGCACAGCCGUGCGGUCAGGCUCUCAGUGCGUCGUGAAGAUGGGCUGUCAAGGCCAGAGCUGUCUGUGGCUCGCAAUUACUGACCUUUGAGGUAAUGUGUCCUUAAUAGAAGGAUGUGAGUACAUGGGAGAGAGGGAAUUAUCAUUGUCAGAGCCAUCUUUUCACCUCUUUGGAAGAGGACAAUUCUGUUAAAGAACCCGUGCUCCGGCUGAACUGGUUCUACUCCUCUGGCAAAUGGAGGUGAGAGUAGAUGUGGGGAGGAGAGGGAGCCCAAAUGGCUGCAGAGCUUUGCUGAUGGCUUCUUAACAGUUUUUCCUCUGCUCUGCUGUUAUUUUUACAACAGGGCUUGUGUAUAAAGUCUGGGAUGUGGUCUUCAGUGUUCAUCUAAGCUUGUCUGGACCUGAGGAUCCCUAUCUGACAGAAUGUGUCGGGGAAGGGGGGCUGUUGGGGUGAUUCAACAUGUUGGUUGCAGAGAGGCGUCUGAGACUGCAGCUCCAGCAAUGAAUAAUGAGAGAGCUCAUCGUGUUUGGGCAGCCUGGCUCUGAUCGUCUCCCUGGGGAAAGGGGCCUCCAGGUGACGAGCACAAGGCUCUUACACGCGGUUGAUUUUCUCCAGGAAAAGCAAAUGCUGUGCAGCAAGUUGCUCUGUGCUGCUUUAUCAGAGGAUCUGAAGGCCCUUUGCAAACCUUUAAUUAGUCUUUGAUUUGCCUUGGCACCUUGGUGUCUGCUGCCCUGUGAUGAGGCGGCAGGGCUGGUGAGCCUGGUUACCCCACAGCUCCGGAGUGGGGAUGUGGCAGCAGGAGGUUGUGGCCGGAGCCCUCCCGGGGUUGGAGGAGGUCAGAAAGGCAGAAGGUGACUGACAGCACUGAGUGCCUUGCGUGGGUGCAGUGACCGGAGCGAGCUCUGCACAUUUCAUGCACAGUUGCUUUAAAGGGAUGCUGAUCGCUUUCAGCAUGACCUGCUAAUUAUUAGAGCAGAUGAAAGACUUUUUUUUUUCCCCUGUAAAUCCUCCUCCCACUGCAUGUUCCCUUCUCCCUCCUCCUUUCCUAAGCCUUUAUCUAAGUUAAUCAACACAAUACAAACAGCCUAAAAAGCAGUAUUGUUGUAACAGCUAUUAACAGGGAAGGAGACAGCAGGCAUCUGGAGCCUCUCAGGAUGGACUUACGGUAUAACACAUUAUUUUUAACAGCCAAAGAGAGCUGGAGAGUCAGAACAGAAGAGGUUUAACCUUUCUUUAGAGACACAGCCUGUGAUGUAGAUUUUUUAGAAGACCAAAGCAUGGAUACUUUGUAGCAACGAGUCUUUCCAAAUGUCUGAUACAUCCCCUGUAAAGAUAAAUAUCUGUCUUUUGCUAGUGAGUGUUCACGUACUCAAGAGGUAGGGUUGGGUCCUGCAAGGACGGUCUUUCCAUCCCACGUUACCUUUUAAUGUCAGCGCAGCAGCAGGCGGAACUUGGGAACUUAAUGUUGAUUUGGUGCCAUCGUAGUGUCUGUGGUUGGAUCACGCUGGAGGCAUCGAUUUGCUUUCCCCCAUAUUUCAGGACUUCCAUUCUCUAGGGCCAUGGGAUGGCUUUUCCAGUGUCUUUUGCUCUGUUUUAAACGACUAUUUAAGAGUUGUGCUGAUGUGAUAAUGGAGACCGGCUCAGGUAGAGGAUGAAGUCGUCGCACACGUUUUAGCUGUGGUGGUGCCUUGGAAGGAAGCUGAGCAAAUGGACACCAUGUUUAAAUACUGUGUCCUGAAUUGCUUUCAUUUGGUUCUUGUUUUGUGAGGCAUUGGCUGGGUUUUCUGUCCUCUCAGAAAUCAGCAGCUUCUUAUGAAAUAUGGAGCUGUUUAAAAACAGACAGCAGCUGCUCCAUCCUUGCGUCAGCGAGGGCUCAGCAGAAGGAAGGGGAAUGGUAGACGCUUGUUUAGCUGUGAUAUUCCUCCCUUCAUUGCCGUUGUCAUAUUGUGUUAACAGAAGGUCUGAUCAAAUGUACACCGGGAAAAGCAGGCUGAAGAACCCGUGGACGUUUCCUCAUAUUACUGGAUAGCACUGCACCUGGUGAGUGUGCUGAGGGACCUUCGGCAGGGUGUGCUGGAUCACCAUGGGUUGCUGUAUGUGGGCUCUUCCAUCUCGCACGUGGCUGAUUUCUCCUUACAGAGGAUGAGCAGAGGUAAUGAAACUUACCCUGGUCCAGUUCCACUUCUCUGAAUGGAGUCUGAGCGUAGAUGCUGGCUUGAGGACUGUCCUGCUUGGAAUUCAGUGAGUGUUAGGGGUGUGGUUUCUGAGCAGCUCCUCAUGCCUGCAUCAUUCUGUUAGUGACCUGGUGAUGGCUUUCUUCCAAUCAAACAUCACUUGAAGAAGGAUGGUCAUGGUUAAUUACUGGAUGUGUCUUCUCAUGGACUUUAAAGCAGUGGGCAGGGCUGUUUUUUAGGGAAGGAGAGGGCUGAGCAGUUUGUCAACAGAGAAAGGAGCUGGUGCUUGGCCCGGCUGCAGCGCGGUGUGCUGGGCCCACCUGGUCACACGGGAGGUGCUGGUGUCCAGCCUGGCACGUGGCUUCAGGUUGUGAGCUCUUUGAGGCUCCUCUGGGUGUUCCUGCGGGAAGGGAAGAGGUAUCCCUUGCGUGGCUUCUGUGUGGAAAUCGUUCAUCUCAUUAAACACCAGGGCUGGAAAACUGAAGUGUGUUUUUUUUGUGUCAAUUUCAAUAAUGAGAAACGUAUUUAAACACUCGUCCAAUCCUCUGGCUUUCUGCAAGUUUCCCAUCCAGUUUUCAGCAUGUUUGCUCCUGGGACACUGGGAGUUAGAUUUUCAUCUUGACUCAACAGUGGAAACUGGCUUCAUUUAUCGCUUCCCAGUUUAGCUCCUGUAUUAAAAUUAUAGCAAGGCUGGGGUUUAUUUUUGUCUUGUGUACAUUUACCUCCUGUGUAUCCUUGUGUCUAUUAUUAGAGUCCUGCUCUGUUGCUAAAUGGAUUGGCCGAGCUCCUGGGGACAAAAUAUGGAAGCAUAUGACUAGUCUGCAAUACCCCUGAGCCGUUCUGCUUUUGGAGUAUUCGCAGUGACCGGGUUUAGCCUGCCUUUGUCACAGCUUGCUUAUUUUAAACGCCGAGGAUGAAGUGGGCAGAGUGAGUAGAAGGGAAUGGCAUAUGGGUGUGUGAGUGGAAGGAAUUAGAGGUAAACAGAAAGUAGUGGUGAUCUUGGAUGGCACCCGAAUGGCAUGGCCAGGGACAGCCCUGUCCUUGCUUCGAUGUUUUCUUUGAUGUUGGUGGGAUAUUUCCAUUUCACACUGCAAAUAAGGCAGUCCUCUGAAAGAGGCUGUGGGCUACAGGCUCACCAUUUCCUGAAUUAAGAAAUCAGUUGGAAUGUUUCUAUGGAUUUCAGCCUUGUUUCAAAACCCUUCUGACGACCACAUCUGCUGGUUGGCAGCUGAGCCUGUGUCCUCCAAUCUGUACCUAGCCUUACGGCUUGCACAAGAGCCGUGUUCGUACUUCCUCUGAUCUCACUUGCCUCCUGUUUCCACAUCCAGUCUGAGCCCAGUGGGGGUGGUAGGUUUGAUUUUUUUGGGUUUUUUUUUCUUUUUCUGGGAUUUGAUGUGUUUUGUAACUGGCUGUUGACCACACAACCUUGUUCUUGCUUUGCUUGCAUGAACUGUUAGGUCAUGCUUGUUCAAGUGGCCUCCUGCGUCUUCUGCAGCUGUGUCCCAGCUCUUAGAAAGUACAUGAGGGUCUGUAGUGGUAUGCCAUGCCGGGGAGUAGUUCUUGGUGCCUUUUCAGUGUUUUUUAAAAUAGCUUGGGCAGUGCCUUUGGCAAGGGCACAACCCAGAGCUUGCUGAAACAAUUGAGAAGAGUUAGUGUUGUAGCACAGCUUUGGAUCUUGUUCUUUCUUUUGUUUUUCUUUCCUUCUAAUUCACUGCUCUAAAAAAGCAUGAUGAAAUGCUUCCCCUGCUCCCCUCUGCUUUUUCUUUCUCCUUUUAAGCUAUCUCACUAAUGUGGAUUUUCUCCCUCUGUGGCGCUUUGCCACGUGCCAGCUCUGGGUGUGUGUACACUCGGUUCUGCUCCGCUGACGUGGGCUCAUUAAGUGCACAUUUUGCUGCAGUCUCUUGAUCCAGCGAGAGGAAGGCUGCCUGGGAAUGCCAGCUCUCCCAUAGAUGCUGGGAUGAGUCGUCUUUCCAUCUCCUCCCCUCUUUGUGUUCCCCAUCCAGCAUCUUUCAGUUCAUACGUACGUGCCACGUGCUUCCUUGUUUUGCCCAUGCAGGCAGCACUUCCUGACGUCAGGAUGGGUUCCUGGAGAUGUAGCUUGGCCCAUGCCAAGCUUUCUCCCUGCUAGCAGGGCCAGGUCUGCCAGGCUGGGUGUGUUCUGAAAGCUUUGGCUCAUGGAGUGAAGGCUGGCUAACCCUUCCCCACAGCUGUGGCCAUGCCUUUGGACUGGUUGCCAGAGGGUUUGCUGAUGUGCCAUAGAAUGACUUGGCAGGUGGGGAGAGGUGAUUGACCAGGGCUGCUUCCACUAAUUGUCAGGCUUUUGUAUUUGUUUUUGUGAUCAUUUUCUUUUAGUAAUUUUAUGAACUUUAAAGCAUGCAUGACUGAACAGCUUAAUUAGCUGUGGGAACUGCUUGAAAUAACUUCCUGGGGCUUUCUGCCAUCCUCACUGCCUUUCCAUGUUUUCAGCACAGCAGUCGCCAUGGGCAUCCUCUGCUUCUGAAACUGCACCCUGGUUUGUUAAGCUUUGGGUCUUCUCUUCCUUCUGCCACCCCAACGUGUCUCUGGGGCCAUGGAACUGCUGACAGGAGGAAUACCAGCAGUGUCAUUAAAGUUUUUCGGGCUUCAUGGAAAAGUGAGGCUUGACAGGGCCUGCCAGCACAUGUUAGAAGCUGCUGACAGGUAACGUUGCUGGAGACCAGGAUUGGAGUCCUGCUCCUGGUGCAGGGAUGGGGACUCCAGGUGGCUUUGCAGGGGCUGGCUGGUUCUUCUCCAGGUCCUCAAGCUGGGACCCCUUGCUGUGGCCCAGUGUGUUUUCCAGAGCCUGGGUGCUGGGAUUGUAUGUGGUCCUGGCCCAAAGGGACCAGGGGAAACAGCAAGCUACCUUGCUUCUUGCUUUGAUGGUGCUAAUCAUAGCAAGGUUCUGCCUUGUGGUUCCAUAGUGCUGUUAGCAGUGACCAGAAUUGGCUUCCUGAUCUAUUUUUCUUGUGCUCACGGUGACUUUCUGUGGUCAGAGUUGCUUGUUUCUUGUUUUCUCCCUAGGCAUGAAUAGAUUGUAUCUGGAGCUGGCCUCUGUGCUAUGGGGCCUGCUUUGUCCUGAUGCAUCCAACCUGCAGUUGGGUACAUCCUGGUCUUACAGAAGGUCUAGAAGCUGUACACGAUGAGCAUUUUCAAUUAGUUUUAUAUUGUUAAGGGUCAUGGAUAUUAUGGCGGAAGGUUCCUUUGGAGGAAAAAAAAAAUGCAUCCUGUAAAAGGUGCUGUUGGUCAUUUUCCUUAAAUCCUUAGAUUUAGGGCUUGAGAGGAAAAAAUCAUUAAAUGAUGUCUUACAGCCGAAUAAAGAAGUCAGUACUGAAUGUUUUAAUGUCUUACAGAUGCAGUGGGUUUGCAGGAUUUUAUUUUAAAUGUAACAAUGGGAGUUGGAGUGGCUCCAGUGCUGUAAAGAAUAGCCUCUUUAAUUAGGGUCUGAGCGGAGCGGCGUGUGCUGGGUGCCAUUUUGAAGUUGAAGCAGGGUUUGCAGUUGUUCCCCAUUUUGGAUCACACAUCUGAGUGCCUGGGAUCGAUGAGGGGUUGCUCCCUGCCCUGAGCAGGAGAGCUGGGCUGUGGAAGGGCAGCGAGGUUUCUCCUGAGUUAUUCCUUAUUAGCUCUGAGCUCACUUCUAUCCCUUUCCUAUGGCCCUGCAGCUGCAGGCACGUGUGUGGGAUACGUCAGAGCCAGGAGGAAACAUCGCCUUUGUUUUUCAGCUUCAGCUCACCCCAGCACACAGCACGGCACCGUUCCCCCACGCGUGGCUUCCCUGGCACAGCAGCAGCACUCCGUGCAUCCCGUUAUUAGAGCAGUGACCGCUGCUGCUGGCCGGCAUGGGGGUUUGCUGUGAGAACCAACUUCUGCUGGGGUUUGCCACAUCCUGGUUUGUGCUGAGGUGGAAGGGAACUGCUUGACUUUUUUUUUUUUAACUCCUUCAGAUAGUUUCUGUGCAAACUACUUUUCUCUGGCAUAGCGAAAUGCAGCUUUGUAGCGAGGAGUGAGCCUGCCAGGCUAGGUACCAAGGAACCUUUGUGGUCUGCAUUAGUGUGCACGGCGUGUUUAUCCCUGUCAAAUAAUCAAUGCAGCCAAAACUCUGAGCAGUGUUAUCAGCUUGGCACGCUAAAAUAAUCAUAAUCAUGCUCUCCAGUUGAACAAGAUUUAGAAAGCAGUGUUGCUUUUUGUUUGCCUUCCGGUCUCUGGGUGCUGAUGGCUCCCAAGGCCGUGCACUCAGCCCUUCCCAUGUGAGCACUGCCUGCUUUUGGGGCCUGCCUGUGCCAUCACCAGCACCCCUGGGGCUUCCAUGGCCAUGUUGGGAGCACUGCAACGCUGUUCUGAGCGCUCCCAAGUGAACUCACUGUUUUUGUGGUGGCCUUGGCUCUGCUAUUUUUUAAUUUUCUCUUAUAUUUCUAUUGUUUUCCUUGCUUAUUUGCUAACUUGCAAAAUUCAGCAGAGGAUCUCCCAGCCCUGGGGGUGAGCAUUCUGGGGAGGUGCAGCGAGCAGCUACGGGUCUGUGCUGUCCAUAGGGUGGCUGUGGGGUCCGUGCUCUGGGGCUGCUUUUGCAGGCAGGUAUUGCCGUGCCACUGCCGUGAGGCACGGGGAGGUUCUCCAGCACUUCCCACAGCUCCAGGAAGGCGAUGGAGCUCCUCGGGACGUGGGAAGCGCUGUGCUUUCCUGCAGCCCGCGAGCCUCGGCCCCGCUCCCAGGAGACGGCACUGCACGCACCAGUGUUGUUUUGCUGUCUGGCUGCUCUCUCUCCAGCUCGGCAAACUUGAGAGGAGCGCCUCAUGCGCAGCUCGCACGGCGGCGAGGACGUACCUGCUGAGCUGCGGGAGCAGACACAGCCCUCGCUCAGCCCGCGGCGCCGACUGCAGAUGCUGUGCUGCAGUCCCUCCUGGCUGGGAUUUCGGCGCGUGCUGUUGCGCGACGAGGAAAGCACGCUCAUGAUGAAGAGAAGCUCUUGGCUCUCCUAAUCUUCUGUUGGUGAUUUGGAAGCAGCCACCGCCACGUCUGCUCUUUCGACAUGUCUGGAUCUACGCAGCCCGUGACACAGAACUGGCGUGCCACCGAGCCGCGCUACCCCCCGCACGCCAUGUCCUACCCGGUGCAGAUUGCCCGGCCGCACGCGGACGUCGCACUGCUGGAGUACCAGCACCAUUCCAGGGACUACGCUUCGCACCUCCCGCCCGGGUCCAUCAUGCAGCCGCAGCGGAGGAGGCCGUCCCUGCUGUCCGAGUUCCAGCCGGGCAAUGAAAGAUCUCAGGAGCUGCACCUGAGGACCGAGGCGCAUUCCUAUCUCUCUGACCUGACCAAGCCAUCAGAUUUGGAGUUCAUCGAAACGAAGCGGCCGCGCCUGGACCUGCUGCAGGACCCGCUGCUGCGGCACUCGCCCCUCCUGAGCCAGGGCCAGCAGGCGGGCAGCGAGGAGCUGCCCAAGGACCGUGGCCUGCCUGGCAAGCUGGAGCCCGUGUCUCCCGUCAGCCCCGCGCACCCAGAGGCCGAGCUGGACCUGCUGCCAGCCCGGCUGUCCAAGGAGGAGCUCAUCCAGAACAUGGACCGCGUGGACCGCGAGAUCACCAUGGUGGAGCAGCAGAUCUCCAAGCUGAAGAAGAAGCAGCAACAGUUGGAGGAAGAAGCAGCCAAACCACCAGAGCCUGAAAAACCCAUCUCCCCCCCUCCUAUCGAAUCCAAACAUCGCAGCUUGGUGCAGAUCAUCUACGACGAGAACAGGAAGAAGGCAGAAGCUGCCCACCGCAUCCUGGAAGGACUGGGUCCACAGGUGGAGCUGCCGUUAUACAACCAGCCUUCAGACACCAGGCAAUACCAUGAAAACAUUAAAAUAAACCAGGCAAUGCGGAAGAAGUUAAUUUUGUACUUUAAGAGGAGAAAUCAUGCUCGCAAGCAGUGGGAACAGAAGUUCUGCCAGCGCUAUGACCAGCUGAUGGAGGCCUGGGAAAAGAAAGUGGAGCGCAUUGAAAAUAACCCCCGGCGCCGUGCCAAGGAGAGCAAAGUGCGGGAAUACUAUGAGAAGCAAUUCCCUGAGAUCCGGAAGCAGCGGGAACUGCAAGAGCGCAUGCAGAGGUUAGAGGAGAAGCGCAGGGUAGGACAGAGGGGCAGCGGAGGGCUCUCCAUGUCGGCUGCGCGCAGUGAGCACGAGGUGUCGGAGAUCAUCGAUGGGCUCUCAGAGCAAGAGAACCUGGAGAAGCAGAUGCGCCAGCUCGCCGUCAUCCCACCCAUGCUCUAUGAUGCUGACCAGCAGCGCAUUAAAUUCAUCAACAUGAACGGCCUCAUGGACGACCCCAUGAAGGUCUACAAGGACCGGCAGGUGAUGAACAUGUGGAGCGAGCAGGAGAAGGAGACCUUCCGGGAAAAGUUCAUGCAGCACCCAAAGAACUUUGGCCUGAUUGCCUCCUUUCUGGACAGGAAGACGGUGGCAGACUGCGUCCUGUACUACUACCUGACCAAGAAGAAUGAGAACUACAAGAACCUCGUGAGGAGGAAUUACCGGCGGCGUGGGAAAAGCCAGCAGCAGCAGCAAAUGCCCCGGAGCAGCCAAGAAGAGAAAGAUGAAAAAGAGAAAGAAAAGGAGAAGGAGGGAGACAAAGAGGAAGACAAACAGGAAACAGAAAAUGACAAAGAAGAACUGACAAAGGACAAGAACGACGACACGUCCGGGGAAGACAACGAUGAGAAGGAAACCGUCACCUCCAAAGGCCGCAAAACCGCCAACAGCCAGGGCCGGCGCAAGGGCCGCAUCACGCGCUCCAUGGCCAACGAAGCCAACAGCGAGGAGGCGGCCACGCCGCAGCAGAGCGCCGAGCUGGCCUCUCUGGAAAUGAAUGAAAGCUCUCGCUGGACUGAAGAGGAGAUGGAAACGGCCAAGAAGGGUCUCCUCGAGCAUGGGCGGAACUGGUCGGCCAUUGCCAGGAUGGUGGGCUCCAAGACCGUGUCGCAGUGCAAGAACUUCUACUUCAACUACAAGAAGAGGCAGAACCUGGAUGAGAUCCUACAGCAGCACAAACUGAAAAUGGAGAAAGAAAGAAAUGCUAAGAGAAAGAAGAAAAAAGGCACCGCCGCUCAGAACGAGGAAGCUGCCUUCCCUCCUGUGGCCGAGGAUGAGGAGAUGGAGGUGUCGGGGACGAGCGGCAACGAGGAGGAGAUGGCCGAGGAGGCUGAAGCUGCAGUAAAUAACAGCUCCGACACCGAGAGCAUUCCCUCGCCAAGGCCCGAAGCCAAAGAGGGAGGCGAAAGCGGGGCCAAGGCACCACCCGGGCCGGGAGGUGACUCCGGCGCGGAACCGGCGCUCAAGUUGGAAGAGGCUCCCACACCCCCCGACACUGCUGCAGCCCCCGCCGCCCCCGCCACCAACCCCGCUCCCACCGCCAGCCCUCCUCCGGAGGCCCCCAAAGCGCCCGGCGGCGAGGAGAAGGCGCAGGAGGAGCUGGUGGUGGACGUGGUGAAAACGGAGGAGCCGGAGGAGAAGGCGAGCGAGGAGCCCUGCAAGAGCGAGGUGAAAGAGGAGGGCGAGGACGGCCAGGAGAAGGACAAGGGGAAUGACAAGAAGGCAGAAAGUGGUGUCGGCAGCGUGGGGACGGCGGAGGCUGAGGGGACGCCCAAGGCCGAGAAGAAGGAGGGCCAUAAAGGCAGCAAAGGCCAAGGGGUGAACCCCGACAGCGACUCGAGCGCGACCUGCAGCGCCGAUGAGAUGGACGAGCAGGAUGCUAUGGACAAGAGCAGGUUGCUGUCCCCCCGGCCCAGCCUGCUCAAUGCCGCCAGCGAGGCCAGGCUGAACUCCUCGCCACAGAAACCGCUGGACCUGAAGCAGCUGAAGCAGCGCGCUGCUGCCAUCCCUCCCAUCAUUUCCGAAGGGUUCUCGGAGGGGAUGCUGCAGAGCGGAAGCGUGAAGCCCCCGGUGCCUCCCCACGCCCUGGCUCUCUACCAGCAGCAGAUCACAAAGGCCCACGAGUCCUCCCGCGAGGACGUGCCUCCCAGCAAGCAGCAGGAGAAGGAGCAGCAGCAGCCCAGCAGCAGCCCGAGGGGGAAGAGCAGGAGCCCCACUGCCGGGGACAAGGAAGAAAAGUCCGUGCAUUUCCCAUCCAUCGCAGAGGCUCAGAAGCUGGGCACGGAGCCGCCGCCCACCUCGUGCUGGCCCCCCGUCCUGUCCUACUCCCGGGAUGUGAUAAAAACCUCUCCUCAGGCAGAGCCCCACCUGUUCCAGUAUAACCCACCAGGACACCCCAUCCCGCUCAACCUUCACGAGAGCUCCCGCUCGGGGCUACAGAGGCUGGCAGGCAUCUCCAACCCUCCUCCCCUCAUCUCCUCCACCAAGCACCCCUCUGUGCUGGAGAGACCUGUUGGCUCCAUCUCCCAGGGAAUGCCCAUCCAGCUCCACACACCCUACAGCUCUGAGCAUGCAAAAGUUCCUGUCGGCUCCAUCACCAUGGGCCUGCCACUGACAAUGGAUCCCAAGAAACUGGUGCCUUUUCCUGGAGUAAAGCAGGAACAACUCUCUCCCAGAAGCCAGGCCAGCCAGCCUGAAAGCCUGGUGAUGCAGCCGGCCCCGGAGGGCUCCGUCCUGCGGGGUACGUCCCUCAGCUCUGCCUCAGGAGGGAGCAUCACCAAGGGGACACCCACAUCCAGACCCCCUCCAGAGUCGCCCAUCACGUACCGAGGCUCCAUCACACACGGCACCCCGGCAGAAGUGCUGUACAAAGGAACCAUUACCAGGAUAAUCGGAGAAGACAGCCCCAGCAGAGCGGAGAAAGUGAGAGAGGAUGCCAUGCCAAAGGGACAUGUCAUUUACGAGGGGAAGAAAGGCCACGUGCUGUCCUACGACGGUGGGGUUGCUGCUUCUCAGUGUCCCAAAGAAGACAGCAGGAGCUCAGGAGCUUCGCAUGAGCCCACGGGAACCAAGCGGACCUACGAUAUGAUGGAGGGGAGGAUCAGCCGUGGCUUGUCAUCCCGGGACCCGCUGUCUGCCAGCAUUGAAGGUCUCAUGGGUCGAGCCAUCCCUCCAGACCGACACAGUCCCCAUAACCUGAAGGAGCAGCACCACAUCCGGGGCUCCAUCACACAAGGAAUACCUCGGUCCUAUGUGGAGGCCCAUGAGGACUACCUCAGAAGAGAAGCCAAACAGCUCAAGAGGGAAAACACUCCACCACGGGACUUAUCUGACGCAUACAAGGUCAGGUCUCACGAGGGCCUUACUCCCCUGAAAAUGAAGCCAGCCCACGAAGGCCUGGUGGCCACGGUGAAGGAAGCAGGGAGGUCAAUCCAUGAGAUCCCCCGAGAGGAGCUGAGGCGGACACCGGACAUCUCUCUGGCGAGGCCUCUGAAGGAAGGCUCCAUCACACAGGGUACCCCACUGAAGUACGACAGCGGCUCUUCCUCAUCGAAUACCAAAAAGCACGACGUGCGGUCCAUCAUUGGCAGUCCUGGGAGGACUUUUCACUCUGUGCACUCACUGGAUGUCAUACAAGACCCAAGGAAUCUGGAGAGAGCUUACGAAGAAAGCCUGAAAAACAGGCCAAGCCCGGUGACCAACUCGGGUGGCUCAAUUGCCAGAGGAGCUCCUGUGAUUGUGCCUGAGCCAGGAAAGCCCCAUCAAAGUGCCCUCUCCUACGAGGACCACCAGGCUGGGCACAGCACGGCGUUCAGCAGCCACUUGCACAGAGGGUCUCCGGUGUCCACAAGGGAAUCCACGCCACGGCAGCAUGAGGGGAGCAUCACUGCUGGGAAGCCAGUGUCCCAGGACAGAAAAAUCACCCCCACAUCGAGAGAGCUCACCAACUCCAAGUCUCCACAUGCCCCUGUGCCCGACCACCACCACCCCAUCUCCCCCUACGAACACCUGCUGCGUGGUGUGAGCGGGGUUGACUUGUACCGAGGACACAUCCCGCUGGCUUUUGACCCUGCUGCCAUCCCAAGGGGAAUCCAACUGGAAGCAGCCGCUGCUUACUACCUGCCGAGACAUCUGGCUCCGAGCCCCACGUACCCCCACCUCUAUCCCCCGUACCUCAUCCGGGGGUACACGGACACGGCCGCCAUGGAGAACCGACAGACCAUCAUCAACGACUACAUCACGUCGCAGCAGAUGCACCACAAUGCCGCAGCCACGGCCAUGGCGCAGCGGGCAGACAUGCUGCGUGGCUUGUCACCCCGGGAGCCCUCGCUCGCCCUCAACUAUGCAGCAGGAAUCAUUGACCUGUCCCAAGUGCCACACCUGCCUGUCCUCGUGCCCCCCACCCCUGGCACCUCUGCCACCUCCAUGGACCGCAUCACCUACAUUCCCGGCCCCCCCCAGACCUUCAGCAGCCGGCACAGCAGCUCUCCGCUCUCCCCAGGAGGUCCCACGCACUUGACCAAACAGUCGGGAUCGUCAGAGCGGGAGCGAGAUCGGGAGCGUGACCGUGAGAGGGAGCGUGAAAAAUCCAUCCUAGUAUCCACCACGGUGGAGCAUGCGCCUAUCUGGAGACCUGGUACAGAGCAGUCCAGCAGCCGUUCCUCCUCGCACUCUCACAGCCAUCAGCACUCUCCCGUCUCGCCCCGCACCCAUGAGACCAUCCAGCAGCGCCCCAGCGUGCUCCACAACACGAGCAUGAAGAUCAUCUCCUCGGAGACCCCCACCCCUUCCGUCCUGCGAACCUCCUCCACCACCACCACGUCGCCGAUCCGCUCCUCAGCCUUCCCCUCGGCCUCCGCCCUGCGCUCCUCCAUCGGCGCGGCAGACGGCUACGCGGCCAUGCUGGACCCGGCUGUCCUGCAGAAAGAGGCCUCGAGGGCACGGGAAGCAAAGGCAGAGCGAGCCCAGACCGACAGCAGCGUCUUCACCUCAAAGCUGCCCAGCGGGGCUAGCCUCGAACAGUCGCCCUCACCUAUUAAAGCCAUGGAGUCGAGGCCUUUACCUGCCUCCGGACCCGGUUCUUCUCAUCACUAUAGCAGAGGACAGGGAAAAAGCCAGCAGCACCACCACCCUCUGGACCAGCAGCACGCAGCCUCGGGCCCCGAGCAGCACAGUAGAGAAAAGAGUCAAAGUAAACCCUUUUCCAUGCAGGAACAGGAGCUCCGAGCACUCGGCUUUCACAGCGGAUACAGCCCUGACCGGAUUGAAGCCGUGAGUCCUGUCAGCUCGCCCAGCCUAUCCCACGAGAAAGGGGCCAAGCUGCUGCAGGACGUGGAGAAGGGGCACGGGGAGCACGACCCGAGGCAGAAACAGCAAGCCUCUCUGAAGGCCUCAGGCCCUGAAGCAGCCCACCUGCAGCACCUCCGGCAGCCUGACGGCCCGCAGCCCCAGUGCCAGCCCCUGCAGUCCAGCCAGAGCGUCAAGGGCAUGAACCAGCGGGUGGUCACACUGGCCCAGCACAUCAGUGAGGUCAUCACCCAGGACUACACGCGCCAUCACCCUCAGCAGCUCAACUCCCACAUCCAGACCCCGGUGUACUCCUUCCCUGGGGCCACAUGCCCCGUGCUGGACCUGCGCCGUACCCCCAGCGAGGCGUACCUGCAGCAGCAGGAGCACGCAGUGGCUUCCAGGAUCUCCCCACAGAAUGAAGGAGGCAAAAGGUCCCCGGAGCAGAGCAAAGCCUCGGCCGGCGGCGGGUCGGACAACUGUAUCGAGCCCGUGUCUCCACCAGACGGCGUGGGAGAAGCGGAGCACGCCAAGAGCGCCACGUACCCGAUCCUGUACCGCGAGGGCGAGCAGCUGGACCAGAGGAUGGGGUCCAAGUCCCCAGGAAACAACACUCAGCCUCCAGCUUUCUUCAGUAAGCUGACAGAGAGCAAUUCUGCCAUGGUGAAGUCCAAGAAACAGGAGAUCAUCAAGAAGCUCAGCACGACCAACAAAAAUGAGACAGAGUACAAUGUUGGGCAGCCUGGGACAGAGAUUUUCAAUAUGCCAGCGAUUACUGGAGCAGGGCUAAUCAGUUGUAGGAGCCAGUCGGUCCAAGAGAAUUCCAGUACCAACAUGGGGUUGGAGGCAAUAAUUAGGAAAGCCCUAAUGGGUAAAUAUGACGAGCAGUGGGAAGAGCGCUCACCUCUCAGUGCCAAUGCUUUUAACUCUCUGAAUGCCAGUGCAAGCCUGCCCGCUGCUAUGCCCAUAACUCCUGCUGAUGGACGAAACGAGGACGUGCGCUCCUUGCCAGCAGGAGGGGGGAAGCCAAAGAUCGCCGCCAGACCCAACAGCCGCAAGGCCAAGUCGCCGGCGCCCGGCCUGUCCUCUGGUGAGCGGCCGCCGUCCGUCUCUUCAGUGCACUCAGAGGGGGACUGCAACCGGAGGACGCCCCUCACCAACCGUGUCUGGGAGGACCGGCCGUCAUCCGCAGGCUCGACGCCGUUCCCCUACAACCCGCUCACCAUGCGGCUCCCCAGCGGGGUGGUGACGGCGGCCCCGGCUGUGCCGCUGCCACAGGGAACGCCUGGCGGGCAGCACCACGCGUGGGACGAGGAGCCCAAGCCCCUGCUCUGCUCCCAGUACGAGACCCUUUCGGACAGUGAAUGAAGCGAGCCCGGGGCAGGGAGAUGGUGACCAAACCGAAGGCGCGGGGAGCGAGGUGCCUGGGGCCCGGCCCCACUGGCUCUCAUGAGCAAAGACGCAGGAGCAGAGCUUUCUUUUGGUUUUUAAUUUUCCUUUCAUUUCCUUCCUCUCCCAACUGGCCAGUUUGGUGGGGAUGAUUUUUCUUUCUUUUUUUUUUUUUCCUUCUGUUUUUUUUUUUUUUUUUUUUUUUUUUUUUUGUCGUUGGUCUUCUUGUUCUCAACAUCUGGAAACGUCUGCAUCCUCUUCGGUCUAAGAAAGAAAAAAAAAAGCCUUAACGAGACAAAACCCAAGGAUCCCAUCUUCGUCCUUGCCAGCAUUGCUGUGCAGUGACCCCGCACACCGUGUCCCAGGGCUGCGUGCACACAGACGCUCUGCUCCAUGGCUCCGGGCGAGGGGCUCCGUGGGGCCGUGCCACGGAAACACAAAACCUUGAAACGGUUUAACAACAACAACAACAACAACAGAUUUAAAAUGCUUCAUAGGAUUGAACCCGGUUUAGUUUCCCUCGGCAGAUCGGAGGGUGGGAGCUGCCAUCCCCGCCGCGCAGGACGCGUCAGCUCGAUGCGCUUUGCACGCAGCUGGGGGAGCAGGGAGGGCGUGAAGAGCCAUUUCUGAGAAUAUCGCUGGUCCCUUUGGUGGCAGAGGGCCUGGGCUCCGUCGGCGUGGGAAGAGAUUCCCCGUGCUGCCCACAGACGGGCUCGGUUGCUUUAAGUGCAUUGUUUUCUGAAUGGUGAGAAAAGGCAAUUGUAAAUUGUAUUGGUCUACAGGGUAUAUUUUUGAUACCUUCGGUGAAUUAUGUCGAUAUUUUACGCAAGGAAGGACUUAAACAAAACACAGUAUUACAUGCUGUAAAAGAGGUUCUGUUCUUACAUGCAGGCUUUGAUGUGUUUGUCCAUUGUAUGGAAACGUUUUAAAAAAAGAAAAAAGAAAAAAAAGAGAGAUGGUAACAGCGAUCCAUCAAAGUCAUCUGUAAGUCAGGAGAAUGUAUAAACUUAGUUUAAAAAAUAAUCUUGCCAUGGUUGCAGGGCCCCCAUGACGUACACCGCUGCUGACUCAGCAGAAGGCCUUUGCUGGUUGCAGGCAUUGGUUCUCCAGAGCCCUCCGGAGCUGCCGGGUGCGGGGCAGCAGAACAGGAGGCCAGCAGGGCAGGGAGCUCACAGGAGACUUUAAAAACAAAAAAAAAAGGAAAAGAAAAAAAAAAAGUUUUUAUUGUAUUUUUGUGAUACACACGAAUGCUCUACUUUACAUUAUUUUUUUCAUUCCAUGAUGUUGGAUCAUAUCUGCAGUUACAUGGUUAAAGAACAAAAAUAUUAGACUUUUUUUCAUUCACUUCUGCUUUCUCGCUCUGGGGGAAAAAAAAAAAAAAGGAAAAAAAAAAACCAACAAAAAAAAAAAAAACCCAAGGUAUUAAAUGCUUUGCAUUCUGUGUGCUGGAGGAAACGAGAGCACGGCACAGACGUCCCGCAGCCCACAGCAGCUCCGACCCGCCAGGCAGUGAGCAUCGCCCGGUCACCUCCCCAUGGAUCUUUCUUUUCCCCCUGCAAUGAUUCUGAUUUCAAAGCAAGAGAAUGGUGGUGUUCGUUGUUUGUUUGGGGUAUGGGGUUUUUGUUUUUUUUUGUUUUUUCUUUUUGUUUGUUUGUUGUUUCGUUUUUUACAAUGUACAGGUUUUUAAUGUUCAUCCAUGUUUGUGUCUUUUCUGUUGUGCUUUUUUUUUUUUUUUUUUUUUUUUUUUUUUUAAGAAAAGACGGUGCACAACAAUGUGGAAGUGUUUCCGUUCCCAGGUUAUUGCUGCUGGUAUCUCCCCGGCUCUGAGACGCAGAGCUGGCAGAGCUGAUGGCUGCGCAUAACGCUAUUAAAGUGUCACAGGUUUUUCUGGGAAAAGUCCAAAUUCAACCCACCUUCAAAACCGCCUCUUUAACCUUUUCAGAGAGAGAGAGAAAAAAAAAAAAGAAAAAAGAAAAGAAAAAAAAACACAACAAAGAAUAAAGUUACCACUUGGCACAGGA